AUGCGUUUCUCCAGCAUCAUCGCUCCAGUCAGCUUGGCCGCUCUGGCCUCGGCCGCACCAGCCCUCACUGCCCGUGGUGACGGAGGCUCAUGCAUUCCCUACUCCAUCGCCAUUGAAAUCGAAACCCAAUGGAUCUCCACCCUCACCAACUUUGAUGCCUCGGUCGCCACGAACCUGCUCGCCCCCGAGCUGGUUGACACCUCGGACUCGAUCAACUACAUUGCUGGCAUCCCUCUGGGUGGCCCUACCUUCCCCAGCGCCCAGGCAUAUAUUGCCGGCCAAGGUGCUCAGCCACCCAUCGGCUUCACCAUCCUUGGCACCGACGUUGUGACCUGUGACGGGUACAUUGUUCUCCGAUGGGUUGGUUCCGUUGGUGAACAGAUCUACCCUGCUCAAGGUAUCACCAUCUUGAAGGCUGUGCAAAAGGGCUCUGAUGCCACCGUCGGUCCCACUGGCUGGCAACUCGCCGAGAUCCACACCGAGUUCAACUCCGCUGCCUGGAUUGUCGACAUUGGCGGCACUUGCCCUCCUCCCUCUGGCACUGCUCGUCUGUUGAGAAACUAA